ACCUCUUACCCACGCCUGUGCCAAAGUCUUAAAUGCGGCCACCAGUUGGGCUUGAUUGAACGACACGUGUUAAUCAAAAUGAGUGACAACGCUAAGAAAUACUCUGACGUGAAUUACUGGAACAAACGCUAUGAGAGUGAAGACCAUUUUGAGUGGCUGGGUGUCGGUCAUGAACCCCUCUUGGAUGAGAUGGAGCAUAUUCUUUCAUCCUUCCCUAGAGAUACUCCCGUUCUAAUUCUAGGUUGCGGUAACAGCCGCCUAAGUGUUGAUUUACUCCACAGAGGCUUUACCGACAUCCUGAGUACGGAUUAUUCCCGGAUUUGUAUCCAGAAUCAACGUGCCCAAUUCGCCCAUGAACCGGGAUUGAAGUGGGAUGUCAUGGACAUGACCCGGAUCCCACUACCGGAUCAGUCUUUUUCAAUAGUGAUAGAAAAAGCCACGAUAGAUGGCUUUUUAGCCCAUGAACCGAGUCCUUGGCGGGUGGGUGUUGAAGCUAAGGAGUUGCUGGACGCCUCGUUACGUGAGAUCAGUCGGAUUCUCAAGCCACAUGGGCGUUUUUUAUCUGUGACGUUUAGGCAGCCGCAUUUUAGACUGCCCUUAAUGGCCCGAAUGGACCUGAAGUGGAAUGUGAGUUUUCAUGAGGUGCUUUCGCCGAAUUCGUUUCAUUUCUAUAUCUACCAAAUGACCAAAGACCAGCCUUUGGAUUUGAGUGGGCUAGAACAUUUUUUAAGGCUUGGUGAUGCAUCUCAAAAUGAUAAUGAUUAUCAACGAGUGGCGAGUAGUGAUAGUGAAGACGAAGAUUUUGUUAUGAGCAUAUCCAGUAAUAUAUUGACGUAGUUUUAAUUUUUUUAAAUGCUAUGUGACACCUCUGAAUUCGACUUUACAAUCAAUAAUACACUAUCAAAUUUCAA